AUGGCUCCUCUCCUGUCUCCGCCGCUGCUCGCCGACCUGGUGGCCAAGGCCCAUUCCUCCUCCACGGCCGUCCGCUGUUCCGGCAGUGUCCGGCGAUGGGCAGUCGCGGGGCUGGCCGGCGCCGGGAGGAGGGACCGCCACCGGAGACGGAGGACGUGGGGGAGGAGGGGCUUCAGGGUGUCCGCGGUGGCGACGGAGCCCCGCAGCCCGGAGGGGAGCGCCGCCGAAGAUUACUACGCCGUUCUUGGCGUCAUGCCGGACGCAACACCGCAGCAGAUCAAGAAAGCGUACUACAAUUGCAUGAAGGCGUGCCAUCCAGAUCUCAGUGGGAACGACCCUGACGUGACCAACUUCUGCAUGUUCAUCAACGAGGUUUACACGGUACUUACCGACCCCGUCCAGCGAGCCGUGUAUGACGAGAUCAAUGGCUUUACUGCAACAGCAACCAACCCCUUCUUGGAUGAUGCACCCAGGGAUCAUGUGUUUGUCGACGAGUUUAGCUGCAUAGGUUGUAAAAACUGUGCUAAUGUGUGCUCCAAGGUUUUCGAAAUUGAGGAGGAUUAUGGGCGUGCAAGAGUUUACAAUCAAUCAGGCAAUGGAGAGCUAAUUCAAGAAGCCAUUGACAGUUGUCCGGUUGACUGCAUCCACUGGACUUCAGCAGCACAAGUUACACUCCUCGAGGAUGAAAUGCGCAGAGUCGAGAGAGUGAAUGUUGCAUUGAUGCUUUCUGGGAUGGGGAGUUCAUUUGAUGUGUUCCGGAUGGCAAGUACGCGCUGGGAGAAAAGACAAGCACAAGUCUUGAAUAAGGUGCGGAUGCGGAUGAGCCAAGAUGAUGCUAACAAGGGCAGUUCAUGGAGUGAUAUAUGGGGGUCACCAACAAGAUACCAAAAGAAUGAUGAGGACACAAAGGAGAGAGUGAAGCGAGCGGCUGCGGCGGCAAGGAGGUGGCGAGAAUACUCGAGGAAAGGUGCAGACAGGCCUCCAACAUUCAAACUUCCAGAGGCAGCGUCCAACCAGGAGUGA